AUUUGACAUUUGGAAAUUUGUCAUCACGAAAGGUGUUGAAAUAUUUUUAAGAUCUCGAAUGUGUCGUGGAAUUUCUUGUAUAUCGCGUUAAUUAGAUUUGUGGCUUAUGGAUUAGUAAGUAAAACAGAAAUUGUGCAUUCGAUAUCAUUGUCCAGUGCUGUGAAUACAUUCCGAGGUCUAAAGUGCAUUUGAUUUUUCCUCUUUGACGCCUCUGCUGUCAAAUUCUCUCCCCUGACCUUCCCAAAAUUGUAUCGACGUCGAAAUUAUCGAGUGCCAUCCGCUUUGUUUGGUUCUGUUCUUUUCGUGUUUUCUGAGCGCAGCUGAUAGCUAGUUACCGUAAGGAAAUAAUCGAUCAUGGAUUCGUACAGUGAAACAGGCGGCGGUGGACUGAGCGAGGGAGAGUUUCAGAAGCUUGCACAGACGAUUGCGACGAGCAUACAGAAAAUAUUACAAAAUGUUUCUACUAUGCAACGUAUGGUCAACCAAUUCAACACGCCGCAGGACUCGCCGGACCUCAAGAAACAACUGCACCAGAUUAUGACUUACACUCGCCAGUUGGUUUCCGACACAGACAAUCUUCUGAAGGAGAUCGAAAAAUGCAAGGAGCGGCAUCUGAAAAUCCAGCGGGACCGCCUGGUCGAUGAAUUCACCUCAGCUUUAACCGCAUUCCAGCUCGUUCAGCGAAAAACCGUGGAUAUUGAAAAGAAUGCCGUUCGUCAGGCUAGAGCGAAUUCCUACAACAUUAGCAAACCGCCCGGAUCGAAUAACAAUAGUCAAGGCAGUAAUAAAUCGUUUUUCGAAGAUAAUUUCAUUAAUCGCAAGGGGCCAACACAGACUCAAAUGCAAGAGGAAAUCGACCUACAGGCACUUGAGGAGCAAGAGCGGGCUAUUCGCGAAUUAGAAGACAAUAUUGCUGGCGUAAACGAAAUUUACAAAAAACUUGGUGCUAUGGUCUAUGAACAAGGCAUGGUUGUUGACUCAAUUGAAUCGUCCGUCGAACAAACAAGCGUUUUUGUUUCUUCCGGAACGGAGAAUCUACGGAAAGCAAGCCAUUACAAGAACAAAUUGCGGAAGAAGAAGCUAAUUUUGGCGUUGAUUCUGCUCGGGGUGUUAGCAAUUCUUAUUGGUAUUAUCGUCUGGCAGUCUAAGUAAUACUGGCUCGAAAAAAGACAUAAAAUUGGGGCGAGAGUAAUGAAAAGAAAUGUGAUGUUAAGAAUUGCUAUUAUUACGUCUACUAUAUUAAAAGGAUGAGAUGUUACAAAGAGAAAGGCAAAUUAUUAUAUGUAAUAUUGUAUUAGGUGUAAGAUGCAAACUAACUUUUAGCGGAUGAUCAACAACAAAUAAUAACUUUUAAAGAAAACAAGUAAAGUAGGUAAACGAUUUAUGCGAAUAGACGCAGAUAUUACAAUGAGAGCUUGGAUUCGAGGUGUUAGUAUGAUGAGUUCGGAAACGAUGUUUAGAGAUUUCAUGUCACGUUGCUGUCAUACGUCCUGCUAUUGAUCAUCGUUAUCAUUUGUACAUAAAAUAAAAUAACUAAUCAAACAUUUAUCAUAUAUUUAUUAUUUUAAUAAAUUAUCCACAACGAUAAAA